CACACAAGAGAAGCUGUGAUCCAGGCUCAGCAGGCUGUAUCUCACAUGAGAGGCUUAGAUACGGCUGUGCUGGCCGCUCCCAGUGUUUGGGGCUCUGGAGAUGGUGAGGGAAGCGCCUGUGGCCCUCAGUGAUGUGAGGAGAGGAGCAGGAGCCAUGUCUGGGUGUACUAACAUGGCCGCCGGAGGUGUAGGGGGCGGGGCUAGUGCUGACUGACCAGUGUGCCGGGCGGGGCCAGCCCUGUGACGUCACACCGCAAAGCAUGCUGGGAGAGGAAAACUCCAGGAACCUGAGGGAAAGAGGAAGUUCUGCUGGAAACGUCCUGUAAAGAGGCUCUGAUGUCCGGACAGCGGGAGGGAGAGCCCCGGCCUGAGGAGGAGCAGGUUCCUGUGAUAUAGGAUUGUCCGAUGACAUCAUCAGUACCAGAUAAUGGAUGGAGACGGGGACAAGAUGGCGGAGAGGAUAUUAGAUCUUACCCUAGAGAUACUCCUCCUGCUUACUGGAGAGGAUUACUCCAUGGUGAAGAAGACGUCUAGUAAUCUGAUACAUGAGAAGAACAAUGAGAAGAUCCUAGAAGUCGUCCACAAGAUGAUGGAGCUGCUGACUGGAGAGGUUCCUAUAAGGUGUCAGGAUGUCGCUGUCUAUUUCUCCAUGGAGGAGUGGGAGUAUUUAGAAGGACACAAGGGUCUGUACAAGGAGGUCAAGAUGGAGGAGGACCAGCCCCUCACAUCUCCAGAGAGAUCCAGUCAGAGGACAACACCAGAGAGAUGUCCGCGUCCUCUUCUUCCACAGGACAGUCAGGUAAUGGAGAUGUCUCCUCCUCUGUAGGAGGACGCCUUGUUUUAUCCAGUACUAUUCUAGGUUUAUAC